AUGUACCUAAUGGUCAGUGAGAGGGAGGCGGCGGAGGGGUGCGGGCGCGGUGAUGCGGCGAUGGCGUCGCGGCGCGUGACGCGCAAGUGGGAGGUGUUCGCGGGCCGGAACAGGUUCUGGUGCGACGGCCGGCUCAUGACGGCGCCGCACCCCGGCGUGUUCGCGCUCACGCUGGCUCUCAUCUGCGGCACCUGCGUGCUGCACUUCGCCUUCGACUGCCCGUUCCUGGCGGCGCGCGUGUCAGGCGCCGUGCCGGCGGCGGGCGCGGCGCUGUGCGGCGUGACGCUGGCGGCCCUGCUGCGCACGGCCCUGUCCGACCCGGGCAUCAUCCCGCGCGCCGCCCCGCAUGAGGCGGCCGCGCUGGGCGCGCUGGAGGCGGCGGACGGAGCCGCGGGCCGGCCGCCGCCUCGGGCGCGGGAGGUCCUUGUCCGCGGACGGCCCGUCAAGCUCAAGUACUGCUUCACGUGCAAGAUGUUCCGUCCGCCGCGCGCCUCGCACUGCUCGCUCUGUGACAACUGCGUCGACCGCUUCGACCACCACUGCCCCUGGGUCGGUAACUGCGUGGGCAAGCGCAACUACCGCUACUUCUACCUGUUCGUGGUGUCGCUGUCCUUCCUGGCCGUGUGGGUGUUCGCGUGCGCCGUCACUCACCUGGCGCUGCUGGCUCGCGGCGCGGGGCUGGCGGCCGCUCUCCGCGCGUCGCCCGCCUCCGCCGUGUCGGCCGCCGUGUGCUUCCUGUCCGUGUGGUCGGUGCUGGGGCUGGCCGGCUUCCACACCUACCUCGCCUCUACGGACCAGACCACUAACGAGGAUAUCAAGGGCUCGUUCUCCCGCCGCGGCUCGGGCGGUGCGGGCACGAACCCUUACUCGCGCGGUAACGCGUGCGCUAACUGCUGGCACGUCCUCUGCGGCCCGCUGGCGCCCAGUCUCAUAGACCGGCGAGGUGUGUUGUCGAGCGACGCGCGUGACGACCUCCCGCCGCGCUUCGCUCACGUGCUGUGCGUCCCCCCCGCCCCCGCGCCGGCCCCCGCCCCCGCGCCCCCCGCCGCCGCACACUCGCCCGCACCAACACACAGAAACGGCACGCUGGGCGGGAGCUACACGAACCUGUUCGAGGGCGGCGACGCGGCGCGCCACGCGUACACCAACCACAGCCUGGAGCACGAGCCCGUGCCGCUGCAGCACGUGGUGGGGUCCGCCUCGAGACUCAGGCUGCUGCACGACACCACCAUGAUAGACGCCGCGCUCGACCUCGACGACCCCGUGGCGCCCGCCGCCGCGCUAUGA